AUGAUGCAACAACGACGAGAUGAAAUUCUGGCGAAGAAAGCCAAGCUAGCAGAGCUAAAGAGGCAAAGAGAGCUCCGGAACAACAGUACAGCUAGCAGGCCAAGUAUUGGAGGACCCAGCGAGGCGAGGAGACUCUUCGUGCAGGCCCAAUGGAUCAUGUUCUAACAAACAUCUAGAUCUUGUCUCCAACACCCGCGAGAGGAAAUAUCGAUGAUUUUGUCAACAAAGUACUAGGGGACCACAGGAGCAGUAGGCCAAGCUCAACGGGCUUCGGUUCAGGGUCACAGGCUGAAAGGGGAAGCCGCCCGAAUAGUGUAUUGAGCGCUGGUCAGUUAAGCAACAAUAACUCGGAAUUCGCAGAAUCAACUGUUGCUCCAGCAGCUCCAGCAGAACCGCUAUCUAUAUCGCCACAGACUCUAUCUACCGUUCCUUUGUCUACAGUAUACGAAUUCACACCCUCACCAGUCAAGGAGGUAUUCUCCUACAGCAAAGGUGUUCAAACAACAGAAGAAUGGACCCAAACAUCAAGACCAAAAGCAUAUGACGAUUCCGAAGAUUCUGGCAACGAGACUCCAGUCACUUCAACGCCAAAUAAGCGUUUGAGUAGGCGAGAGCGGACCAGAGAGGAGGAAUUACGAGAAAAUAUUCGUAAAGAAAUUGAGGAGGAAUUGAGAGCUACCAAAGAUUUGAGCAUCGAUGGACCACUUAAAUCCCCUUCAGCGCAGGGGCCCAUGAACUUUCCGGCUAGAGCGCUGACGGCGGAAGAGCUGAACGCUGUUACAUCUUCAGAUGAAUUCAUGGACUUUGUUGAGCGGUCCAGCAAAGUAAUCGAGAGGGCCUUAGACCAGGAAUAUGAUAUAUUGGCCGAUUACGCGCUUAGUGGAGGUGUGGUUGGUGAUGACGAUGACGAGGUAGGAAACACUGGGGGCAAAGGCCGACGAAAAGUGAAGGAAGUUGCUCAAUUUUAUGAUGAGAGAUGGUCGAAGAAGAGAAUGGUUAGCGCCAUUGAUUUCUCCCCGAAAUUUCCUGAACUUGUACUUGCAGCAUAUACGAAAAAUCCUUCGGCGCCUCACGAUCCUGAUGGACUGGUUCAAGUUUGGAAUAUGCAUCUCCACGAUAGGCCGGAAUUUGUUUUUCACGCUCAAUCUGAUGUACUCGCUGCAAAGUUCUCUCCAUUCCACCCAAAUCUCAUUAUCGGAGGCGCGUAUAGCGGGCAAGUUUUGUUAUGGGACACGAGAGCAAAAUCAUCACCUGUUCAAAAGACCCCUCUUACAGGAUCCGGCCAUACACAUCCAGUAUACUCUGUGGAUAUUGUCGGUACACAAAACGCCAAUAAUAUCAUUUCCUGCUCCACGGAUGGUGUUGUCUGCGGAUGGACAGUGGAUAUGCUUGCCCAACCACAGGAACUGCUUGUACUGACAACACCUCCACCUGCUAAAACAGAAGAUAUAAGCCCAACGUGUAUGGCGUUUCCACAGACUGACCCUACAUAUUUCCUCGUUGGCUCCGAAGAAGGGACCAUUUUCCCAUGUCAUAGGUACGAUAGAGCUGGUGCAAAGGCUGGCGUAGAUCAAAGAGUCAGCUACCGUGGUCACGCAGCUCCAGUAAUGUCAAUGGACUUCCAUCCUGCCCGAGGACCUGUGGAUCUUGGGGAUCUCGUUUUGACGAGCUCAUUAGAUUGGAGUGUAAAGUUAUGGAAGGUUCGCGCACCCGCUGCUACCUCCACCACUGGGGUAACUGGGGAGGGGCAAUCCGUAGCACCAAUUCUCGACUUUACUCGGGAAGACGUUGUGUAUGACGCAGCCUGGUCUCCCAUUAAACCCGGUGUGUUUGCACUUGUUGAUGGGGCUGGAAGCCUGGAAGUAUGGGAUAUCACUGUCGAUACUGAAGUUCCCCUUACGAAAGUCCAGCCUAGCGGAAGGAAGGACGGAAGAGCCAUGCUAUCAAAGAGCCUGAACAGAGUUGCUUGGGAUCAAACGGAUGGCAAGCGUCUUGCUACAGGAGGUAUUGAUGGAGCUGUCACUGUUUUUGAAGUUGGCCCUGACCUUGGAGGCAAAGAGAGCGCGCGGAACGAAGAAUGGACAAGCGUUAAAAAGCUCUUGGCCAGAUUAGAGGCUCAGGGACAGGCUCCUAACGGAGUGAACGGUUUAUAA